GUCGCGCUGCUGCCGCCCGGGGCUCUCUGCGAGGUCUGGACGCGGACACUGCACGGCGGCCGCGCGCCCUUGCCCCAGGACCGGGGCUUCCUCGUGGUGCAGGGCGACCCGCGCGAGCUGCGGCUGUGGGCGCGCGGGGAGCCCCGGGGGGCGGACGAGAAGCCUCUCCGGAGGAGACGGAGCGCUGCCCUGCAGCCAGAGCCCAUCAAGGUGUACGGACAGGUCAGCCUGAAUGACUCCCACAAUCAGAUGGUGGUGCACUGGGCCGGAGAGAAGAGCAACGUGAUCGUGGCCUUAGCCCGAGACAGCCUGGCGUUGGCACGGCCCAAGAGCAGUGAUGUGUACGUAUCCUAUGACUAUGGAAAAUCAUUCAGGAAAAUUUCCGAGAAGUUGAACUUCGGCGUGGGAAACAACAGUGAAGCCGUGGUGGCCCAGUUCUACCAUAGUCCCGCGGACAACAAGCGUUACAUCUUUGCAGACGCUUAUGCCCAGUACCUCUGGAUCACAUUUGACUUCUGCAACACAAUCCAAGGGUUUCCCAUCCCAUUCCGGGCAGCCGAUCUCCUUCUCCAUAGCAAGGCCUCCAACCUUCUCCUGGGCUUUGACAGAUCUCACCCCAACAAGCAGCUAUGGAAGUCAGAUGACUUUGGCCAGACCUGGAUCAUGAUACAGGAGCAUGUGAAGUCCUUUUCUUGGGGAAUCGAUCCCUAUGACAAGCCAAACACCAUCUACGUGGAGCGACAUGAGCCCUCUGGCUACUCCACGGUUCUCCGAAGCACAGACUUCUUCCAGUCCCGAGAGAACCAGGAGGUGAUCCUGGAGGAAGUGAGAGACUUUCAGCUUCGGGACAAGUAUAUGUUCGCCACAAAGGUGGUGCAUCUACUGGACAGUCAGCAGCCGUCUUCUGUGCAGCUCUGGGUCUCCUUCGGCCGGAAGCCCAUGCGAGCAGCCCAGUUUGUCACCAGACAUCCUAUUAAUGAAUAUUACAUCGCGGACGCCUCUGAUGACCAGGUGUUUGUGUGUGUCAGUCACAGUAACAACCGCACCAACCUGUACAUCUCGGGGUCAGAGGGGCUGAAGUUCUCCUUGUCCUUGGAGAAUGUGCUCUACUUUAGCCCUGGCGGGGCCGGCAGUGACACGCUGGUGAGGUAUUUCGCAAAUGAACCGUUCGCUGACUUCCAUCGUGUGGAAGGGUUGCAAGGGGUCUACAUUGCUACCCUGAUCAAUGGGUCCAUGAAUGAGGAGAACAUGAGAUCAGUCAUCACCUUUGACAAAGGGGGAACCUGGGAAUUUCUUCAGGCUCCAGCCUUCACGGGAUAUGGAGAGAGAAUCAAUUGUGAGCUCUCCCAAGGCUGUUCCCUCCACUUGGCCCAGCGGCUCAGCCAGCUGCUCAACCUGCAGCUGCGGAAGAUGCCCAUCCUGUCCAAGGAGUCAGCUCCCGGCCUCAUCAUUGCCACUGGUUCAGUGGGAAAGAACUUGGCAAGCAAGACGAACGUUUACAUCUCAAGCAGUGCCGGAGCCAGGUGGCGAGAGGCACUUUCUGGACCUCACUACUACACCUGGGGGGAUCAUGGCGGCAUCAUCAUGGCCAUCGCCCAGGGCAUGGAGACCAACGAGCUCAAAUACAGUACCAAUGAAGGGGAGACCUGGAAAUCGUUCAUCUUCUCCGAGAGGCCGGUGUUUGUGUAUGGGCUCCUCACAGAGCCUGGGGAGAAGAGUACCGUCUUCACCAUCUUUGGUUCCAACAAAGAGAACGUGCACAGCUGGCUGAUCCUCCAGGUGAACGCCACCGAUGCCUUGGGGGUCCCCUGCACAGAGAAUGACUAUAAGCUGUGGUCACCAUCUGAUGAGCGGGGCAAUGAGUGUUUGCUGGGACACAAGACUGUCUUUAAACGGAGGACACCCCACGCCACGUGCUUCAAUGGUGAAGACUUCGACCGGCCGGUGGUUGUCUCCAACUGUUCCUGCACCCGCGAGGACUAUGAAUGUGACUUUGGCUUCAAGAUGAGUGAAGACUUGUCCCUGGAGGUGUGUGUCCCGGACCCUGAGUUUUCUGGGAAGUCCUACUCCCCGCCUGUGCCUUGUCCCGUGGGUUCAACUUACAGGAGAACCAGAGGCUACCGGAAGAUACCUGGGGACACCUGCAGCGGAGGGGAUGUGGAAGCCCGGCUGGAAGGAGAGCUGCUCCCGUGCCCCCUGGCAGAGGAGAACGAGUUCAUGCUCUACGCCAUACGCAAGUCCAUCCACCGCUACGACCUGGCGUCGGGGGCCACCGAGCAGCUGCCUCUCACCGGCCUGCGGGCAGCGGUGGCCUUGGACUUUGACUACGAGCGCAACUGCUUGUAUUGGUCCGACCUGGCCUUGGACAUCAUCCAGCGCCUCUGCUUGAAUGGGAGUACAGGGCAAGAAGUGAUCAUCAGUUCUGGCCUGGAGACAGUGGAAGCGCUGGCCUUUGAGCCCCUCAGCCAGCUACUCUACUGGGUGGAUGCUGGUCUCAGGAAGAUUGAGGUGGCUAAUCCAGAUGGUGACUUCCGACUCACAAUUGUUAAUUCCUCUGUGCUGGACCGGCCCAGGGCUCUGGUCCUCCUGCCUCAGGAGGGGAUCAUGUUCUGGACCGACUGGGGAGACCUGAAGCCUGGCAUUUAUCGGAGCAACAUGGAUGGCUCUGCUGUGCAUCGCCUCGUGUCGGAGGAUGUAAAGUGGCCCAAUGGCAUCUCCGUGGAUGACCAGUGGAUCUACUGGACAGAUGCCUACCUGGACUGCAUCGAGCGCGUCAGUUUCAGUGGCCAGCAGCGUUCUGUCAUCCUGGACAACCUCCCGCACCCCUAUGCCAUUGCCGUCUUCAAGAAUGAAAUCUACUGGGAUGACUGGUCACAGCUCAGCAUAUUCCGAGCUUCCAAACACAGCGGGUCCCAGAUGACAAUUCUGGCAAGUCAGCUCACAGGACUGAUGGACAUGAAGAUUUUCUACAAGGGAAAGACCACUGGAAGCAAUGCCUGCGUGUCCAGGCCCUGCAGCCUGCUGUGCCUGCCCAAGGCCAACAACAGUAAAAGCUGCCGGUGUCCAGAGGGCGUGUCCAGCAGCGUCCUCCCAUCCGGGGACCUGAUGUGUGAGUGCCCACAGGGCUACCAGCUGAAGAACAGUACCUGUGUCAAAGAAGAGAACACCUGUCUUCGCAACCAGUACCGCUGCAGCAACGGGAACUGUAUCAACAGCAUCUGGUGGUGUGACUUUGACAACGACUGUGGGGACAUGAGCGACGAGAGAGACUGCCCCACAACCAUCUGUGACCUGGACACACAGUUCCGUUGCCAGGAGUCCGGGACCUGUAUCCCCCUCUCCUACAAGUGUGACCUUGAGGAUGACUGUGGAGAUAAUAGUGAUGAAAGCCACUGUGAAAUGCACCAGUGCCGCAGCGAUGAAUACAACUGCAGCUCUGGCAUGUGCAUCCGCUCCUCCUGGGUGUGUGACGGGGACAAUGACUGCAGGGACUGGUCGGACGAAGCCAACUGCACGGCCAUCUACCACACCUGCGAGGCCUCAAACUUCCAGUGCCGCAACGGUCACUGCAUCCCCCAGCGGUGGGCGUGUGAUGGCGACAUGGACUGCCAGGACGGCUCUGACGAGGAUCCCGUCAACUGUGAGAAGAAGUGCAAUGGCUUCCGCUGUCCGAAUGGCACCUGCAUCCCGUCCAGCAAGCACUGUGAUGGUCUGCGGGACUGCUCGGACGGCUCUGACGAGCAGCACUGCGAGCCCCUGUGUACACGCUUCAUGGAUUUCGUGUGCAAGAACCGCCAGCAGUGUCUGUUUCACACCAUGGUGUGUGACGGGAUCGUCCAGUGCCGGGACGGAUCGGACGAAGACCCUGCGUUCGCGGGAUGCUCCCAAGACCCAGAGUUCCACAAGGUUUGUGACGAGCUCAGCUUCCAGUGUCAGAAUGGUGUGUGCAUCAGUUUGAUCUGGAAGUGCGACGGGAUGGAUGAUUGUGGAGAUUACUCCGACGAAGCCAACUGUGAAAACCCCACAGAAGCCCCGAACUGCUCCCGCUACUUCCAGUUCCAGUGUGAGAAUGGCCACUGCAUCCCCAACCGGUGGAAGUGUGACCGGGAGAACGACUGCGGGGACUGGUCGGACGAGAAGGACUGUGGAGAUUCGCAUCUUCUCCCCUCCCCGACUCCUGCGCCUUCCACGUGCCAGCCCAAUUACUACCGCUGCAGCAGCGGCUCCUGCGUGAUGGACAGCUGGGUGUGUGAUGGCUACCGGGACUGCUCCGAUGGCUCGGACGAGGAAGCCUGCCCCUCGCCGCCUAAUGUCACCGCCACCUCCACUCCCACCCAGCUUGGGCAGUGUGACCGAUUUGAGUUCGAGUGCCACCAGCCCAAGAAGUGUAUCCCCAACUGGAAGCGCUGUGACGGCCAUCGGGAUUGCAGGGACGGCCAGGAUGAGGACAACUGCCCCACACGCAGCACCCUGACCUGCAUGAGCAUGGAGUUCAGGUGUGAGGAUGGCGAGGCCUGCAUCGUGCUCUCCGAGCGCUGUGACGGCUUCCUGGACUGCUCGGACGAGAGUGACGAGAAUGGCUGCAGUGAUGAAUUGACUGUAUACAAAAUACAGAACCUCCAGUGGACAGCCGACUUCUCUGGGGAUGUCACUCUGACCUGGAUGCGCCCCAAGAAAAUGCCUGCUGCUUCCUGCGUCUACAACGUCUACUACAGAGUGGUUGGAGAAAGUGUAUGGAAGGCUCUGGAGACCCACAGCAAUAAAACCAACAUGAUCUUAAAAGUCCUGAAGCCGGAUACCACGUAUCAGGUUAAAGUUCAGGUCCAGUGUCUGAGCAAGGUGCACAGCAGCAAUGACUUUGUGACGCUGAGGACUCCGGAAGGUUUGCCCGACGCCCCUCAAAAUCUCCAGCUGUCACUCCACAGGGAGGUGGAAGGCGUGAUCGUUGGCCACUGGACUCCUCCCGUCCACACCCAUGGCCUCAUUCGAGAGUACAUUGUAGAAUACAGCAGGAGUGGUUCCAAGGUGUGGGCCUCCCAGAGGGCUGCUAGUAACGUCACGGAAAUCAGGAACUUAGCGGUCAACACCCCGUACACCGUCAGAGUGGCUGCAGUGACUAGUCGUGGAAUAGGAAACUGGAGCGAUUCGAAAUCCAUCACCACCACCCAGGGAAAAGUGAUUCCGCCGCCAGAUAUCCACAUUGACAGCUACACUGAAAAUUCCUUAAGCUUCACCCUGACCACAGAGAGUGACAUCAAGGUGAAUGGCUAUGUGGUGAACCUUUUCUGGGCCUUUGACACCCACAAGCAAGAGAAGAGAACGAUGAACUUCCGAGGAAGCAUAUUGUCACACAAAGUUGGCAACCUGACCGCACAUACGGCCUAUGAGAUUUCCGCCUGGGCCAAGACUGACUUGGGGGACAGUCCUCUGGCCUUUGAGCAUGUCAUGACCAAAGGCGUCCGCCCACCAGCUCCCAGCCUCAAAGCCAAGGCCAUCAACCAGACUGCGGUGGAAUGUACCUGGACUGGCCCCAGGAAUGUGGUUUAUGGCAUUUUCUACGCCACAUCCUUUCUUGACCUCUAUCGAAACCCAAAGAGCUUGACUACGCCCCUCCACAACAAAACGGUCUUUGUCAGUGAGGACGAGCAGUAUUUGUUUCUGGUCCGGGUGGUGGUGCCCUACCAAGGGCCGUCCUCAGACUACGUCGUGGUGAGGAUGAUCCCAGACAGCCGGCUUCCGCCCCGCCACCUGCACGUGGUCCACACUGGCAAAACCUCGGUUGUCAUCAAGUGGGAAUCCCCGUAUGAUUCUCCUGACCAGGACUUGUUAUACGCAAUUGCGGUUAAAGAUCUAAUAAGAAAGAGCGACCGGAACUACAAAGUGAUAUCCCACAACAGCACUGUGGAGUACACCCUGAACAAGUUGGAGCCAGGAGGGAAAUACCAUGUCAUUGUCCAGCUGGGGAACAUGAGCAAAGACAGCAGCAUAAAAAUCACUACAGUUUCGUUAUCAGCACCUGAUGCCUUAAAAAUUAUAACAGAAAAUGACCAUGUUCUUCUGUUUUGGAAAAGUCUCGCUCUGAAGGAAAAGCAUUUUAAUGAAAGCAGGGGUUAUGAGAUCCACAUGUUCGACAGCGCCAUGAACAUCACCGUUUACCUUGGGAAUACUACUGAUAAUUUCUUUAAAAUCUCCAACCUGAAACUGGGCCAUAAUUAUACCUUCACUGUCCAAGCCAGAUGCCUUUUUGGCAGCCAGAUUUGUGGGGAGCCCGCUGUGCUGCUGUAUGAUGAUCUGGGGCCCGGUGGGGAUGCGUCAGCAUCUCGAGCAGCCAGAUCCCCGGACGUGGCUGCAGUGGUGGUGCCGGUCCUGUUCCUGAUCCUGCUGAGCCUAGGGGUCGGGUUCGCCAUCCUGUACACAAAGCAUCGGAGGCUUCAGAGCAGCUUCACUGCGUUUGCCAACAGCCACUACAGCUCCAGGCUGGGCUCUGCCAUCUUCUCCUCAGGGGACGACCUGGGAGAAGAUGAUGAAGAUGCUCCCAUGAUAACUGGAUUUUCAGACGACGUUCCAAUGGUGAUAGCCUGAAAGUUUUUCUCACUAGAAACCAAAUGGUGUAAAUAUUUUAUUUGAUAAAGAUAGUUGAUGGUUUAUUUUAAAAGAUGCACUUUGAGUUGCAAUAUG